AUGUUGGAAUUACUUCAGAUCCGCAAGGUGAUUCUCGUCUGCCUGUUCGCCAUUCCUGCGAAGGCAUGUUUCCCUCAAGGUGAAAUUUGCUGUUAUCCUGGAAUACCUUACCUGAAUGAAGAACCCAAGCCUAAAACAACACCGAAACCCCCAGAAUGUGAGCCUCCCGCCUGUCCGCAGCAAGCUCGAGUAGAAGCAAGAGUAGUGCAAGUGGUACCAGUAGCCUCGUCAGCAUUAUCACUUCCUCCUGCACCUCCAGCUCCAGCAGCGGUAUUAGCACCAGUUCCUGCAGCCGCUCCUGUUGGUGGACCACUGGUUGCAGGUGGGCCAUCAUUACUUGGUGGAAGUGGUGCUCCAGUGCUAGGAGGAGGACCAUCUUUUGGCGUUGCUAGUCCAACUCUUGGAGGAGGGUUGGGCGGCGGAUAUGCUACAGGAAGCGGUAGUCCCAUCCUUGGAGGAGGACCGUCACUUGUUGGCGAAUACGUAAAAGCUGGAGGAGUAGGAGGAAGCGCUGGUGCUGUAAGCGCUCCUGUUCUUGGUGGUGGAUCGAUCGGAGGCGGAGGAUCCUAUGCUUCUCCAGCAGUAACACUCGGCUGA